AAACGAUGGUACCAUUAUUGGUGAUACCAUGCAAGUUUAUAAGGUUUUUCAUAUUAUUCAGGUUGAGGGUGCAUCUGUUGGGCUUCAUCUCAAUGUGCGGAAAACUGAAUUGUUUUGGCCUUCUAUGGAUAUUAGGAGUUUGCAAAUUUCAGAAGACCAUACAGUUGAUGGCGGCAGUUCGCAGGCUUGAAGACCCUCAAAGUGAAUUGCUUCUUCUUCGCAACUGCACAGGUGUUUCUAAACUCUAUUUUGCUAUGCGUACUACUGCGCCUAAAUAUGUGAAAGAAGCACAAGUUGUAUUUGAUAAUCAUCUUUCAAAGUAUAUGAGGGAACUAGUGACUGGUGAUGGUCCAGGUUUUGGCAUAUUACAACAAAGAUUAGUAUCUCUACCCAUCAGAGAUGGUGGUCUUGGUAUUUAUUCUAUGUUUGACACCAUGCAAUAUUGUUUUUUGGCUUCUUACUCUCAGACCUUACACCUACAGGGGAAUAUUUUACAAAAUGUUUCAUCUGCCUUCACAUCUUCAAGCAUUUCAGUUAAAGGUCCAGUUUAUCAACAAGCUUUUGAUCAUUUUGUUCAAUAUUUUGCAGGUGUGACGAAAGACAUGCCUUCCCUUUUCAAUAUGUCAAGGAGGGACUCAGUGCUUUGGCAAUGUAAUAAAACCAAGCAUGCUCAAGAUUACUUACUUGCAAUUCCUGCUGAUGGACUUGGACAGGAGAUGGGGCCACGUCAAUUUUGUGUUGUUCUUUCUUAUAGACUUGGCAUUCCACUUUUUACAGAAAAUAGUGUUUGUCUGUGUUGUAAUAGAGAUAUGGAUGUAUAUGGUGACCAUGCAUUGCAUUGUGCUAAGGAAGUCAGAAUCAAGUUUCGACAUGAUCUUGCUCGUGACACCUUUUCGGAUAUUUGUUACAGGGCAGGUGCGCACACUAAAGUUGAAGCGUCUUUAGGUUUCUUAUCUCGUGAUGGCGGUGAUUCCAGACCAUCGGACAUUCUUGUAUACAAUUGGGAGGAAGGCCGAGAUACUUGUUUGGAUGUGACAGGAGUUUCUCCUUUCGCCGGAGGUGGUGUAGACACUUUUACACCGGGUCUUGCUUUGUCUAAAGCCGUAGAGCGUAAAAGAUGUAAAUACCUUGAUGUAUGUAGAGCCACUGGGUAUAAUUUUGGUACCUUAGCUUUUACUACCCUAGGUGAGCUAGGUAUUGAAAUUAUAGAGUUUUUGUUAAGAUUGAAAAAUUACACAGCUAGACAUGAUGCUAAUAUUAAAGUUCGCAAUUUUCUUUUUAUUAGAUUAGGUUUAGCUAUCCAAAAAGGGGUUGGAGUGCAACUUGUUGCAAGGCUACAACAAGUUUCUUGUAAAAUUUUAAUUCUUCUUUUUAUUAAUGAAAGCUUUCUUUUAAUUGUAAAAAAUAAAUGUUAA